GCAUCGAAACAACAAAACACUAGGAAGUACUGCAAGACUGUAAAGAGUCAUAUGAAGAUUUUAUACACUUGACUUGACAGUCCGCUUUUCAUUGUUGAUGAAUGAGGGUAUCCGGCAUGGGUGGACACAUAGCAGAGGAACAUGCGCAAGCGACACCCAGAACGGUUGAUUUCCUCAAAUAAUAGCUUAGCUAGUGUAGCUCUCAGUGUUUAACUGUCAAAACAAGACAGCACUGAACUAUUUAACUCACUGUGUGUAGAUUCAACUUAAGUAGGACUCAUCUUGAAGGAUGGAUAUUUGACGGGGUUUUAACGUUUAGGUUUGCCGUCAAACUCCUAACUUACUCACAAACUGCAAACUCUUCCGGAUCUUUGCAGUAACUAGUCUUCAGAAAAGUCCGUGCUGGUCUCCUCGUGAGAGGCUGUCAUCAUGGCAUCAGCCAAGCUGAAGUACCUCUCUCUGGGGGUUCUGGUGUUCCAGACCACGUCCCUGGUGCUCACCAUGCGUUACUCGCGCACCUUGCAGGGCGACGGGCCGCGUUACCUGGCCUCCUCUGCGGUGGUGGUGGCAGAGUUCCUGAAGAUCCUCACUUGUGUGGGGCUCGUCUUCAAAGAUCACAGUUAUAGCGGUCGAGCGCUGAGCAGUAUUCUGAGACAGGAGAUUCUACACAAGCCUAUAGAGACGCUGAAGCUGGCGAUUCCUUCAGGGAUCUACACGCUACAGAAUAACCUGCUCUAUGUAGCGCUGUCCAACCUUGAUGCAGCUACCUAUCAGGUAACAUACCAGUUGAAAAUCCUGACUACAGCCCUGUUUUCGGUAUCUAUGCUGGGCCGCAGGCUCGGGGUGUACCAGUGGUUGUCUCUGCUAAUUCUUAUGGCUGGUGUUGCACUUGUCCAGUGGCCAGCGGACUCCCCGUCAGACCCUCAGAAAGAGCAGCUGACCGCAGGCUCACAGUUCGUAGGGCUGGUGGCCGUGUUGGUGGCCUGUUGCUCUAGUGGGUUUGCUGGCGUCUACUUUGAGAAGAUCCUUAAAGAGACCAAGCAGAGUGUUUGGGUCCGAAACAUCCAGCUUGGCAUGUUUGGCUUGGUUUUUGGGAUCUUCGGGAUGUUGGCCUACGAUGGUGACAGAAUUCAACAACACGGGAUGUUUCAGGGCUACAACAUGCUAACCUGGAUUGUGGUCGCUCUCCAGGCUCUUGGAGGGCUCGUGAUAGCUGCUGUCAUCAAGUAUGCUGACAACAUACUGAAAGGCUUUGCUACAUCACUCUCAAUUAUCCUCUCCACAUUAAUUUCAUAUUUCUGGCUGGAGGACUUUGAGCCUACCAGUGUGUUCUUCCUGGGCACAGUAUUGGUCAUAGUGGCGACGUUUCUCUAUGGUUAUGAAAGCAAGCCGGCACCCAACCCAAGCAGAGCAUGAAAAGGGGACGGACGAGGUGAAAGUGGAGCGGAGCAGAAGGAUGAAAUGAGUGGAAGGACAGAGAAGAGGAGAAGAGGCGUAGAGAGCGGGAAAAAGGAUUGAUACAAGGUUGGAUAACAGGCUGGGCCACUGCUGUGCAGUGCUGAGCUGAAGCACACUGGGUGAAACUCUCUGGGUCUCUGGUUCAGUGAACCUCACAUUUAGUGUGAGAAACAUUAUUCGGCGCUGAUCACAUUAAUGGCUGAUGGAUUAAAAACACUUCAUAACGUGCCAUUUUCAAAUGUUGCUGGAGACCUUUUUUUGGACAAUCAGGACUUGAACCUUGAGCACAAAACUUGGCUCUUCUUGGCCAUUUAAUAUCUGUUCAUCUUAAAGGGCCGAUGACUGCUUUUGGUUUGCAAGUAAUUUGCCAUAAAUGAAACUUGAAUCUUGCAGAAACUCUGCAAUGGAUAUUUGGUUACUGAAGGGGUCGUUGCAUCACUGUAUUUUUGUGUCAUUAUUCAAACUUAGGUCUGCUUAGGUCCUAAAAAUAUUUUAUUCUAUUUUAACUGACUGGGUUGCUGGGUUAGUUUCUGUGCUGUAGAAGUUGAGGGAAUAAGGGAUCUUUUUGUAAUUAAUAUUAUAAUAAUGAAAAUGAUAAUACUUAUAAUGAUGCUAGCCAGUCAGUUGUGAUUCAGUCAGAUUAUUUUACAGAUUACCUCUGUCACCAGGCAAUGAAGAAUACUUGAGUUAUUCCAUUAUAUAUGCAAGGAAAUGCUUUUUUUUAGCGACUUUGCACUAUGUGUGAAGUUAUAUUAGGUAUCUGGUGAGGAGUAAUAAUAAAUCAGGUGUAUAAUUAUAUAUUUUUUUCCUUUUUUUCAAACAAUACACACAUUUUCACCAGGGCAGGACAAAAUUUAAAAGAAAAGCUUGGCUUUUUUUUUUUUUUUCAAAAGGUGUAAAAACAAUGCAUGCAGUCACAGCUUAAAAGGUAAUUAAUGAAAAAGGCAAAUAGAUUUUACAGUCAAGACGCUCUAGCUGCCCAGUCCUUCAUAACACACUGUGAACCUCAAAAUCAAUAAACUCUACGGUGACCUCUGAA